AUGGGAAGUUCUGCAAUCUCAGAAAGACGCCUUCUGUUUCUGCUUGGCGGAUGUCUGGCGCUGCUGCACGGCCCGUGCUGCGUCCCUUUUUCUCGGUUCACUGUACCACCUGCGCGAGGGACACAUGGCCGAGAGGUGAAGCGGCUGUACCAUGUCACAGCGCACGGGGAGGCCAUCCAAAAGGACGGCUUCAUGAUCCCCGGUGACACAGGUACUGUCGGCGGCGGCAUCUACUUCGCAGAAACGGAGUUUGCUGCACGUAGCAAGGCGACCAGCACAGGCUAUGUCGUCGUGGCAGAUGUGCACGUCGGCAAGGCGAUGACUGUAGACCAGGCAAAUUCAAAUCAGCUUCCCUGGAAUGCGCAGGGCAUGAAUGGCUGGCUGAUUGCGUUCUUCCUUUUUGCGCUGGUCGCUUUGGUCAUCCUAGGAGCCCUAUGGAUCCAAGAAAUGAUCACAGGCACAGAAAAUCUGGACAUCAUGGACAUCAUGGAGGCGUCUCCACACUUGGAGUCAUGGACUGGCAAUGACUGGGCAAGUUGCUUUCGCACCUUGCAGGAAGCCGGAUAUGAUUCGAUCUAUUCGACAGGAUUCGACACAGGGCCAGAGUACGUAGUUUUCAGCAUGGAUCAAGUGCAAAUUGUCGAGGUUCGCCGAAUGUAG